AUGGGCAACAUUUUCGAGCGUCCUGCUGCCCCCGAAGAUGAAUUUCCGUGGCUCUUCCAACAACUACGAGUUCAGGAUCACGAGACUCAAACGCUAGCCAACGCACUUCGAGAACAAAACCGUCAGCGGAGACGCCCGGAACAUCGCGUCAGGCCACCUUGUAGAUUCUACAGGCAGGGUUUCUGUAUUCACGGUGAAAACUGUCGCUUUUCUCAUGAUGGACCACUGACCCGAACCCGACGACCAGACCGUCGUCAGAGAGAACCUUGCAGGUACUACGCUCAGGGCAUAUGCACUCACGGCGAAGCCUGUCGCUUUUCUCACGAAGAGCCCGGACCUGUUCGGGAACCAUGUCGCUUUUUCGCCAAAGGACUCUGUAAGAGGGGAGCUACCUGCAGAUAUGCUCACGAUCAGCCCAACACCGAGUGGAUGGAGGGGCCCAAGCAUACUGGGCAGUGGACUCGUGAGAUCGGAGGUGCUUGGGUUGAAUUCGGAAAUGGAGCGGCUGUCACUAACAUCACUCUUCUCUCGGACUUUUCCGCUAUUCAAAUGCGCCAUCUGCCCCCGGGAUCGUCGGCACGAUCGGUGCAAGAACUGUUAGCGGACGUAGGCAUCGCCGUAUCUAUAAGCGACAUCAAUUUCAUCAAGCUGGUGAAAAAUCGAAAUGGGAUGGCAAUUAUCAAAGUCAAAGACCCAGAGUUUGCCAAGUCCGCCUGCUGGAAACUACGCACCUGUAUUCGAGCACCUGACUUGGAAGUCUCCCAGAUCCCCGUUCCGUUACCAGAUGGAUCAUCGUUUGGUCUCGUUGACAGCAGAAACGUCCGCUGCUCAUGGCACAGGCCGACAAGAAACGCCACUCUUUCGUUCAGGAACCCAGCAGAAGCAUUCGAGUCGUACUACAAGCUUAAAAACCAGCAACUCAAAAUCGCUGGCUUGCUAGUCACAGCUAGAAUGCCCGCCGCAGAGGAUGCUACUGAAAAGGAUGGGCCAUGGCAGAUGGAGUUGGAAGGCUUAGUGGCCACUAUCCCUUCGGAGGAUAUCAUCAAGAUUUUCCCCUCGUCUGGAGCACCCUAUGAAGUUGAGAUGGGUGAUCCAAGUUACGAGACCGACUCGGAAAUUGACUCGACUAUCAUAAAAUCCCUGCUCUACGACGUAGGGGCCUUGGAACAAUGGGAAGUGUUUGGGAGUUCCACAGCGAGAAGGGUCAAGGCACAAGCCCGGUUCAUCGAGGAAUCUGAAGCCCUGGAUGCCGUCACGCAGCUGAACGAGACGUGGCUGCCGUUCAACCCUUCUGGGAAACUCUACCUUCAGCACGUGCACCUGGUCAAGUUUAGGGUUUCAACUCGCGUUUGUGGCGUUGUUGAAGACAGCAUCGAAUCGCUGCGGAAAGAUUGGGAACGGCAAUUCGUUAAUUUUUCCUCAAUUCCUGAGACCGGCUACAGAGUUCUGAAGCUUGAGAGCCAGGAUCGCGAACCCUUUACGCAAGCGAAAGAGGCCCUCGAAAAAAUCAUCAAUGGAAUGACUAUGACCUUGAAUGGGAAGAAUCUAUGGUCUCCCGAUUUCAAAGCUGAUAGAGGAGCAUAUAGGAGGCUUCAAGAGAUUGAACAAGGUCUUGGAGUUGUCAUUAUCCGCGACAUCAAAUCCUCCAAAUUCCGAGUUUUUGGCCCGGAAGAUAAGAUUGUGCCAGCAUGCGAAGCACUUGACCAGCUUUUGCAAGAACUGCAGCCUCAAUCAACAGGACACAAUACUGAGCAAUCACAGGCGGAAAAGGCUACCGGAGGCAACUGUGCAGUCUGUUUCUGCGAAGCCGACCAAGCUCUUACAACUUCGUGCGGCCAUGUCUACUGCACGAUCUGCUUUGUUAGCAUGUGUCAGGUAGAAGCAUCCACGAUCGGUGACUUCUCCAUAAAUUGCAUUGGAGACCAAGGAAACUGCAAAAAAGCCAUUCCACUACAUGAGAUCCAGAAUUUUCUUCUUUCAGAGAUUUUGGAAAGUGUCUUAGAGGCCUCGUUCGCGUCUUUUAUGCGCCGACACCAAGACCAGCUGCGCUAUUGUCCAACUCCAGAAUGCACCCAGGUUUACCGCAUUGCCCAUCCAGAGACAAGCAUCCCACCAAUUUUUACCUGUACUAAAUGCAUGACGGCAACCUGCACGAGCUGCCACGUCUCGCAUCCGAGAAAAACUUGCGCGGAGUACAAGGGCAACGAGUCUGGAGGCAUGGCGGAGCUUCUCAAAGCAAAGGAAGAGCUGGGGUUUAAAGAUUGUCCCAAAUGUAACACGCACAUACAGAAGGAUGAAGGCUGCAAUCAUAUAAAUUGCACUGCCUGUGGGACGCAUAUCUGCUGGCUUUGCUUGAAGACCUUUACAGAUGGAGAAGAAUGCUAUCAGCACAUGGGGAGGGUACAUGGGGGAAUUGGCAAUGAAGGUGAACACGAAGACGACGAUGACGCCAUCGACUGGUGAGAAUGAGUUCGUGGAGGAUCAUGUACAUGGUUUGGUGGGUGCACAAUAAGGAAUAUUCAGGUACGAGAAAGCCAACCCAGACAACCUGCCCACUUGUUCAUGUCGAAAGCGUGGAUUCGUUAUCAGGACUAUCAUUUCUGUCGUUCUUGCCCAGUUAAUAAUAGCUAAUGCAAUUCAAAUAUCUAUCUGACCUCAA